GGCCGACAGAGCCUCAUAGCAUCUGUGCGGUUUCUCUCAGGGUAGCUCUGCGCUGCGGCUCCGUUGGACUUUUACAGCCACCCAGGAAGAGAAGUACAUCCUAGUAGCACAGAGAGAUUCGGGCCCAGAACCAGAAAAUGCGUCUCUUUGGCGCGUCGUCACUCCUUUUCGCCUUGCUCCUGUGGGCAACGGUAGAGGCCUACUGGCUUGGUGAUAUUUCUCACCAGGGCCGAGCGCCCUAUGCCCCCGCGGGCUACAGCGUCUACCGCAACGUCAAGGACUUUGGGGCUCGCGGCGAUGGCGUCACGGACGACACGGCGGCCAUCAACGCGGCGCUCCAGUCGGGGGCCCGGUGCGGGCGCGGCUGCGCGUCGACGACGACGACGCCGGCGCUCGUCUACUUCCCCGCGGGCACGUACCUGAUAUCGACAUCGCUCCUCCCGCCCUACUUCACCAUGAUGGUGGGCGACGCGUCCAACCCGCCGACGCUCAAGGCCACGGCCGGGUUCGCGGGCUUCGGGCUCAUCGACGGGAACCCGUACUACACGAGCGAGCUCAACUGGAUCGCCGUCAACAACUUCUACAAGCAGGUGCGCAACUUCGUCAUCGACACGACAAACAUCGCCCCCGGCACGGCGGCGACGGGCAUCCACUGGCCCACCAGCCAGGCCACGAGCCUGCAGAACAUCGUCUUCCGCAUGCCCACGGCCCCCGGGGUCGUGCACGUGGGGCUCUUCAUCGAGAGCGGCAGCGGCGGCUUCAUGUCGGACCUGACCUUCAUCGGCGGCGCCACGGGGGCGUCCAUGGGCAACCAGCAGUACACGAUGCGGAACCUCGUCUUCCGCAACUGCCAGACGGCCAUCAUCCACCUGUGGGACUGGGGCUGGACGUACCACGGCCUCGACAUCCGCGACUGCGGCACCGGCAUCGACAUGUCGUCGCUCACAAACACGGGCACGCAGAACGUCGGCUCGCUGACCCUCAUCGACAGCACCUUCACCAACGUCCCCGUCGGCAUCAAGACGGCCUUUUCCGCCAGCUCGCAGCCCCGCACCGCAGGCAGCGUCAUCAUCGAGAACCUGUCCCUCAACAACGUGCCCGUCGCCGUCACCGCCUCGGGGGGCGCCACCGUGCUCCAGGGCUCCGCCGGCGCCACCACCAUCGCCGCCUGGGGCCAGGGCCACCAGUACGCCCCCAACGGGCCCACGCGCUGGCAGGGCGCCUUCUCGCCGGCCCAGCGCCCGGCCUCACUGCUGGCGUCGGGCUCGUCGCGCUACUGCGCGCGGUCCAAGCCGCAGUACGAGUCCCUCCCGGCCUCGUCCAUCAUGACGGCGCGCUCGGCCGGCGCGCUCGGCGACGGCACCGCCGACGACACGGCCGCCCUGCAGCGCGCGCUCGACGCCGCCGCGGCGCAGAACAAGGUCCUCUGGCUCGACCACGGCAUCUACCGCAUCACGUCCACCAUCACGAUCCCGCCCGGCUCGCGCGUCGCCGGCGAGGCCCUGCCCGUCAUCAUGAGCUCCGGGUCCGCCUUUGCCGACAUGGCCAACCCGCGCGCCGUCGUGCGCGUCGGCGCCGCCACGGGCACCGUCGGCACCGCCGAGCUGUCUGAUUUUAUUGUCGCGACCCAGGGCGCCCAGGCCGGCGCCGUGCUGAUCGAGUGGAACCUGGCCUCACCGGCGGGGGGCAGCCCGAGCGGCAUGUGGGAGGUGCACACGCGCGUGGGCGGGUUUGCCGGUAGCAACCUGCAGGUGGCGCAGUGCCUCAAGACGCCGGGCAGCUCUGCCGUCAACCAGAACUGCAUCGCUGCGUUUAUGGGCAUGCACGUCACGCGGGGCGCCAGCAACCUGUACAUGGAGAACUGCUGGAUCUGGACCGCGGACCACGAUAUUGACAACCAGGCGCUGACGCAGACGACCAUUUAUGCAGGACGUGGUCUUUAUAUCGAGUCCACUGCCGGAACCUUUUGGCUGGUUGGCACCGCCAGCGAGCACUUUGUGCUGUACAACUACCAGUUUGCAAACACAAGAAGCAUUUUCGGCACCCAGUUCCAGACCGAGACGCCAUACUUCCAGCCCACCCCGACCGCCAAUGUCCCCUUCCCCGCCGUCGCGUCCUUCAACGACCCCGAUUUCAGCGUCAGCUGCCGCAACGGCGCCGGCAAGUGCAGCGCGUGGGGCGUGCGCGUGCUCGACUCGCAGGACCUGCUCGUCUACGGCUCGGGCCAGUACAGCUUCUUCAACAACUACUCGACCGCGUGCUCGGACGUGGGCGCGGGCGCGACCUGCCAGGAGAGCAUCGUGGACCUGCGGGGCUCGCUCAACAACGUCCGGUUCUAUAACCUAAACACCAUCGGCUCACGGAGCAUGGUGGACCGGAACGGCGCGAGCCUGGCGUCGUGGGCCGACAAUGUUAACGUGUUCCCGCAGACGAUUGCCAUGUUUAGGACGAACUAGGGGGGUGAGGGGUGUGUAGAUGGAUGGCAUAUGUAGCCUAGUUUGGGAUGUACGUUGCCACAUAUGGAGCGGCUCCUGGUGUAUAUAUCGCCAAUAUGUACGCAUUGUUGAAAUCAUGAUCUUUUUCUUGCUUUUAAUGCAUAUCCCCCUCUAUAG